UUCUCUAUGUCCUUUCCGAGGCUUAAUUCUUUCGGCUUCAGCCCCUGCCAUGAAAUUGCCAUCGCUCCUGGCACUUCUGCUUGUCAUGGUUGUCAUCCUCAGCUACGCCUUCCAUCGGAUCCGGAUCAAGGGUCCCAAGGAGCACCUGGAAAGAAACCAAGUUGCUGCAGAUAUUGUCAAAGAAGAGCAAAGGAAUACAUGGUUGAUGAAGGACAGAAUCCAAAACCAGACUGAAUCGGAGUGGGCAAAAAGGAACCAGGAAAUAGACGAAAUCCUGGCCAAGCUGGACCAGCUGAUGCCCCAUGUUCCUUUGAAGGAUAUCAAUAAGGCCACCAGUGCCAAGAAUAGCAAAGCCACCAUCUUGAACCCAAAAGACUCUUACUGCGUUGGAGACCACUUGAUGGUUCAUCUGGAUUUGUACGAUCACUCAGGAAAUAGGAAGACGUAUGGAGGAGACUUCUUGAGAGCAAGGAUCUAUUCCUCGAACCUCAAGGCUGGAGCGUCUGGGAAUAUCAAGGACUUUGAGAACGGGACGUACCUGGUUGACUUCACCUUAUUUUGGGAAGGGAACGUCAGAGUCUCCAUCUUGCUCAUCCACCCCAGUGAAGGUGUUUCUUCCCUUUGGGCAGCAAGGAAGAAAGGCUAUGACAAAAUUGGUUUCACUGGUAAAUUUUUGAAUGGAACAUCUGAAUCCACCGCUGAAUGUGGAUUUCACCUGAACAGAAAAGCAGAACUGUGCGAGUAUCUCGAUGAGCGGGACCAAGAAGCCUUCUUCUGCUUCAAGCCAAAGCACGUCCCAUGCGGAGCUUUAGUCCACCUAAAAUCCUUCAACAAACCCAUCUCAUAUUUGACAGCUUUGGAACAGAGUCUUUUAAAGAGGUUCAAGACUGGUGUUGAGAUCCCUCAAACGUUUGGAGACAUUCACGUCGUAAAGUGUAAAGGCACCAAGACCACAACAAGCAAAAAGUGCUGGGUUGGCACAGACUCCCCAGUUCCCAGUGGCUUUGUGUGGCAAAACCUGUGGCACCCCAUCUUUUGCAAUAUGCCUCGUUUCAACACCUUGGAGAAGAUCAACACUUGCUUGAAGGGCAAGCUGAUUUACUUCAUGGGCGACUCGACCAUAAGACAAUGGAUGGAGAUCUUGACCAGAAGAGUCACCACGCUUCGACUUCUGGACAUCUACCCAAAAGAAAAGCUCCAGAAACUGCUGGCCGUGGAUUUGUCUAGAAGUAUUCAAAUGCAGAACAAAAAACACGGCCACCCUUACGUCGGCACGUACGGCUACACGAUGAAGGACCACAGCUACAUCGCGCGGGACAUCGACAGCGUGGCUGGCGACAAAAACACGGUGGUGGUCAUUUCGGUGGGCCAGCACUUCCGCCCCUUCCCCAUCCGGCUCUUCGUCCGACGGGUGGUCAAUAUCCGGAAGGCCGUCCAGCGGCUUCACCUGAGGAGUCCGGACACGAAGGUCAUCAUUAAGGGAGAGAACGUCCGGGAGAUGGAGGUGGACCAGGAACGGUUUGGAGACAUCCAUGGCUAUGCUCAAGCUGUGGCCCUCAAGGAGGUCUUCCGGGAUCUGAAUGUGGCAUUUGUCGACACUUGGGACAUGACAAUUGCAUAUAAUAGCAACCAUGUGCAUCCGCCGGAGCAUGUUGUUUGGGAGGAGAUUAAUAUCUUUUUGUCUUGCAUAUGUUGAAGAACAUUUUAAAGAAUGAGACAGGGGUGCUGUGUAGGGUCUGGAUUAUCAUAUUCCUUCCAUUCAAAGGCAUUCACAAUUCUUUUUUUGAGAUGUAUAUAUUUGUAUGUCUUGCAAUCAACGAAAUACAGUAUUUUAAUAGUU